UUCUGUGACCGUGAGUCAAGCGAGCUAUGCUUUUGCAAGUUAUUGGUUAACUGUUUGUACUAUGUAUUUUGUAACUGAAUUAUAACUGAUAUUUCUCAUUUAAUUAAGGCUGUGUUUCUGUGUGGUUUCGGAUUAUCGAAUGAGAAAGUAACCACAACUGUCUACAAACCAAAACAAAAGUCUAUCUAUUUUUGGGAUAAUAAUAUAAACGCUUAAACAGUUCAAAGCAAUUACAUUUUCAGAAAAAAUAUUUAGAUUACUAAAUUUUAAUAACUGUUGAGUAAUAUCAGGAAAAGAUGCCGAAAGCAACCAAACUCCACAAUAAAGGUAAAAGCAAUACUAUUCAAAAGUCUUGUAAACCUGAUAAGGACAUAACGGACAAUGCUAACCCAGAAGAAUCUAUCAGAGAAUUUCAAUUACAAUUGUGCUGGUGUAUACAACAGUUGGAAAGGACUUUAGCAGAGAAAAAAGGCAAUGAAAAACAAUUACAAGAAGCGUGGAAAGUUUUAACAGUAUUAAAGAACAAUAACCAACCAAUGAUACGCAAAAGACAGUUAAUGAGAACACAUUUCGGUGAUUAUAGAGCAAAAAUGGCUGCCGAAGAGAAGAAAUUAGCUAAAAUGGCAAGCAAAAUAAAGAUUUCAGAUAGUCCUACUCAGCCAAAAGCUACAUUUUUAAGAAAAUCUGCUUUCUUGACAACGGGAGAUAGUUCUUUUAAAUUUAAUUUUAAUGUACCACAGGAUGUUAAAGAGCCUGAAAGUACCACAGUUGUUGAAAAUAGCGGUAACUCAGAGUCAAACUCUGUAAAUGAUGCCCCAGAUAAAAAUAAAACUCCAAAUAAACAAAACCAGAACUUAGAAAAGUUAAACUUUACAAGUUCUGGUGAAUUUAGAUUUAAUUUCAAUAUAGAUAUAGAUAACUCAUGAUUAACUGCAUUGUAACUUUUUUAUGUAACAUAAGUGCAUCUUGUUAAGGUAAAAUAAAUUUUAUUAAAUAAAA